AUGGACUCAGACGCGAGGGCCAGGGCCAACGUGCCCCGCAAAGGACCCAAGCAGAGCACCAACGGAAUGGAUUCGUAUCACCGCUACGUCGCCGAGUCGACCAUCACGAGAGGCGACGAUGUUAUUGCGAGGCCGUACACGAGCCACUCGCGGUCGUUCAGCACGCCCCGUCCCUCGACGCUGGACCACUCCUCUUCUUCCGGCAGCGAGUAUGAGUUUUCGAGCAGCGAUGGAGAUGCCAGCAGGGCGACGACGGCGGUGCCCGAGAUUAUGAUUACGAGCCCGAGUAAACCGCCCACGCCGGGGCCGAGGUACAGUCUGACGCCCCGCCAGUCGCAGUUCCCGCCAGCUGCGAGGUUAGCUGUGCCCGCGAUGCGACCAAUCCCGCAGGGCCAGCCGCUGCAGACCUUCCCCCCGCUAAACCCGUCAUUACAACCGUCACAACCGAUCCGACAGAUGCUGCAGCCGAUGAUAAGGAUACCGCCGCCGACGGGCGACUCGGAUGAUUUGAGGAAACGGGAUGGGUUGAUGGACGUCUCGUUACCGUACCGCCCGUUCUACCUGCAACGGAGGAUACUGAGCUCGUUUGCGAUUUUGUUCGCGGGGUUGUUGAUCACAGUAGAGGCGGUGCUGGACCUGUCCAACAAGAGGGGUGGCCUCGGCUCCCCAGACCACGGGUUCAGGUACCUGUGGCAGUACGGCUCCGCCUUCAUCUUCACAUGCAUCGCGGCGUUGUGGGCGCGGCCGGAGCACCAGGCCAAAGCCAACGCGCCGUGGAUCCGUAUGUCCAAGGGCCCCGCGAGCGUCGACCGGACGCUGAUGCUGGACUACGUCUUUAUGUUCGAGCCGUGGGCGGUCGCGAAGGCUGCGAAGAACCGGGACUGGCUUGUAGCGGCGGCCGCGUCUGUCGGAUUGACGCUGAAGUUGAUUAUUGUGAUUGCUGUGGCGCUCGUCAGCCCGACGUUUCAGAUCGUUACGGCGCGAGGGGCGAGUUUGAAUGUGCUGAACGCUUUCACGAACGAUCCAAGUAACCUGCGGGCGGCUGGGGCGCUGCCGUUCUUCACCAUGGUGGGGUUGCAGACCAAGGGGCUGAACUUCCCGGACGGCACGUCGAGGGAGUUUGCAUUCCAGUCGUUCACGUCGGAUUUCAAGUCUACGGCCGAGUUGAGGGCUGACGUGGACGGGUUCGAGUCGGACAUCCUGUGCGAGCCGGCGCAGCUGAAUCUGACAGGGAUUCAGUACAUCCAGGCGUCGGAUACGCAGCUGAAUGUCACGGUGUCGACUUCCAACUGCUCCAUAACGCAGGAGAUCCCGAACAUGGUACUCGUGGGGUUUACGCUGCCGACCUUCUUCACGGCGUUCCAAGCUGGUGCGUGCGGGAACUCGCAGAACAUGGACGACGGACGGGUUGUGGUCAUGUCGGGCGCCAUCACGAUUGACGCCGCCAGUGUUCCGACGUCUAGCGAGGUCUUUAACGUGCCCAUCCGAGGCCAGCUGACGCGCUCUGCGGCGCUGAUUUGCCGACCGACGUAUGCUAUCACGACUGUCCACGUCGAGAAGAACAAUACCCAACUUAUGAAGAUCGAGCGCACCCGGUCUGCGAAGAACAGGACAUUGAACUUGGUCAGCCCGAUGGACAUCGUACAGGGCCAUUUCGCGUCAUAUCCCACCGACUCCCAGAUCCUAGGCGCCAUGCCGAGUGUGAACAGCCGUUACCCCGGUGUCGCGAUCGUCGCCUCCGACGCGGUGAUGAACUCGGCCGUGGCGAUGGAAGUCAAGGACAACGGCGUCCCCCCAAUCGACAGCCUCCUGCAGGCGAGCAACCUCACCCAGAUCGUCACAAAAUACUGGCGCCAGUACACUGCCCUCCUGGCACGUAACUCGUUAAUGGCAGACACAGCGCAGCCGCAACGAAUCACGGGAACGGCGGUCAUCAUCGGCGAGCGCCUCAACGUGCGCCCCAUCCCUGCGCACCUCCUCUCCGGCCUGCUCGGUUUCGCGUUGGUCCUCACCCUAGCCGCCGUCGCUUUCGCCCCGAGGACGGGGUUCCUGCCCCGCGACCCGAACACCAUCAUCAACAUGGCGACGCUCCUUGCGCACAGCAGGUCGCUGCUGCAGUGCCUGCGCGGAACUGGCGCGGCGCACGUGUCUACUAUCAGGGAGAGGCUGCUGGGUACGAAUUACUACACCGGCGUGGAGCCGUACGAGAAGGCGUCCAAGGGGCAGGGGUAUUUCAAGAUCUUUGGGGGCAACCCGCCACGGCAGGAUACGCCGCCUGAGUUCGUCAAGACGUCGAACUGGGGUCAUCCUAUGCCUUUGCACCCCGUGGCAAGGCUGAUUGCGGUGUCUACUAUGGCGGGCAUGAUUAUCUCGCUGGAGGUUGUGCUCAGGUUGUCCGAGGCGAGGCAGGGCAUUACGACUGUCACGGCGAAUACCGACCGCCACUUCUUGUGGACGACUGGACCGGGAGUGUUGUUCGGUAUCGUGGCGCUGUACCUCGCGUCUGCCGACUGCGCGACGCGGUGUCUUGCGCCGUAUACUCAGCUUAAGCAGGGUGGCUCCUUCGAGACGACUGUUGGUCUUGACUUCAUGGACAAGUCCAAACCCCGGAUUGUCUACGAUGCUGUGAAGACGAAGAACAUCGCAGUUGUGAUCACCACCACCGCCGUCUUCAUCGCCUCGCUGCUGGCAACAUUCUCCGGAGCUCUGUAUACUACCGUACCCAUCCCGUCCACGCGCCCAGUCACUCUGCAAAAGAUCGAUCAGUUCAUCAACGCCACCGCGCCAUGUAACACCUGUACUACAGACACACUUCUUGCGUCUCUCAUCCUUGACGCCAAUCUGACCUUCCCGUCAUUCACCUUUGAAGACCUCAACUUCAAUGGCGUACGGCUCACGGAACCGCUGUCGAUGAAGGACGGCGACAGCACCAUCCUCGUCACGCUCCCAGCCCUCCGGUCGAGACUGGACUGCAGGCUCUAUCCGCAAUCCGAAAUCAACACCAACUUUACGAUACCGAACGUGCCCAACCAAUUCUCCGUAGCGCAGGGCAUGCGCGUAGAUAUCGCAGGCGAACCCUGCAACGACCCCUCCAUCCGCUCCAACGCCGUCCUACCCUCCGGAGUCUCCCCGUCUUCCGUGUUCGGAGUCGCCACACCUCGCUCCGCGGGUCCCUCCAGCCAGUGCUCCGACUUCACCUACGUAUGGGGCCAACUCGCCGACACAACCCCCACGCAGGUCGGUUAUAUCUCCGCCAUGGGCUGCAACGAAACCGUCGAGACCCUCAUGGCCACCGUCCGCCUCACCGGCUCAAGUCUCCACGUAGACCCAACCUACCCGCCCCGCGUGCAAGAAAACACCGUCCGCCGCACGCAGCUCAAGCUCCUCCCGCUCCAAUACGGUCUGCUCGCCAACCUCACCACCGGCAACCAGCUCGACCCUUUCUUCAGCUCCCUCGUCACCUCCCGCUUCGCCAUCCCGGCCGGCAACCUCGGCGACCCAGGCCUCGCGCGCAGCGGCCGCGUCGCCGACGCCAUCGUCCGCCAGCACGGCAUCGUGCGCGCGCAGAACCUCAACGUCAACUCCCGCCGCAGACUACCCGACAUCACCGCGCAGGAGGUCGUCCCCGGCAUGCUCGAGGACACGGACGUGACCAGCCUGCGCCGGCUCGUCCAGGACAACGCCUCCACGCGGAUCAUCCAGUCCAUCCUUGCCCUCCUCCUCGCGCUGACGCUCGUCGCGUGGCUGCUCACCCCCGGCACGGACACGCUGCUCCCGCGCAACCCGUGCAGCAUCGCCUCCGUGGCGGCGCUCCUCGUCGACGGGAACGUGUUCGGGUUCUUGGGCAGGGGCGCGGAGUGGAUGCCCACCGAGGAGAUCCAGACGAGCUUCCUGGACGGGAGCAAGGCGAUGGGGUUCCGGAUGAGCUGGGAGCGCGUGAAGCGCCGGCGCACGGAGCUGGUGGAGCGGGCGGAUGUUGCGCAGGAGAGGGCGUUUGGGAUCAGCGUGAAGCGCGCGGGUGGAUGGGGCGGCGGGGAGGAUGUGGGCUUGGGGAUUUUGGCAAGGGUGAAUCGCGCGCAGAGGGGGUUUGUGAAGGGUUGGGGAAGGAUGUCGACUUGA